AGAGAGAGAGAGAGAGAGAGAGAGAGAGAGAGGCUUAUUUCCCUCAGCAUUAAUGGAGCCAGUGUCAGGAAUGUCCUUCCCUUUUAAGGCUGAGUCCUGUUCCGUUGUCUGUGUGGACCCCUUGUUUAUCCAUCCAUCCAUCGAGGGGCGCUUGGGUCGUCUCCACUCACCCCCAACUUCUCCUCUGGUCCCCAGGAAGCUAAAACAGUACCUGGCUCUCAGUUGUACAUUUUACAAGUAGAGUCACUGAAGAAGAAAGAGCGUCUACACUGGUGGUCGCCCCCACUCUGGCCACUGCCUGGCCACCUUGGCUUCCGUCAGCCUCCCUUGUGAGGGGGCUCCGGAGACCAUACUGGUGCACGCUGGCCACUCCUCCCUCUUCCCUGAGCUCCCUCGUGGCACCCGGACAGUCAGUAUGGGUCAUUCUCCCCUCAUCUCCCACGUUCCUAGUUAUUUUUUUUAAGUUUAUUUUCGAGAGGGGUGGGGUGCACACGAGCGGGAGAAGGGGAGAGAGAGAGGGAGACACAGAAUCCGAAGCAGGCUCCAGGCUCCGAGCUGUCAGCACAGAGCUCGACACGGGGCUCAAACCUGCGAACCGUGAGAUCGUGACCUAAGCCGAAGUCAGACGUUUAACCGACUGAGCCACCCCCAGGCGUCCCUUGCAUUCUUUGUUAUUGACUUCCCCGUCAGCUUUUCCUCUCUGCAUCCUGGUGCCCGUCGAGGGUGGGCUCUCCCUGUGGGCAGGUUGAAGAAAUGAAGGUGCCGUAGGACUGAGGUGGCCCUGGCCCGGAACUUGGCCACGGUGAGCCCAGAGAGGCCUUGACCGGGUCCUCCGCCAUGCUCAGGGGCCACUUGUCUCUGUCCCAAGUAUGUGUCAUUAAACGUGACCCUUUUGAGUAGACCCCUGGGCCCCGGGGACAGAGAAGUCUACUGCUUGAGCAGACAUACCCAGUUGCCCUUUUCUUUUCCACAGGGGGUGGUGCAUUUUGGUUCAGUACUGCUUCCUCAGCUGCCUCGCCCCCUUAAAAAGGGAGAGGGGAGAAAUCAACCUCGAAUUUCCCUUACACGAAUGCAGAGUUUGAAUCCAGAUCCCAAAGCACAGUACACCAGCGUCUACGGAGCCCUCAAGAAAAUCAUUCGGACUGAAGGCUUCUGGAGGCCCCUGCGAGGCCUCAACGUGAUGGUGAUGGGUGCGGGGCCGGCCCACGCCAUGUAUUUUGCCUGCUACGAAAACAUGAAAAGGACUUUAAAUGCCGCUUUCCACCACCAAGGAAACAGCCACCUAGCCAACGGGAUAGCUGGGAGUAUGGCCACCCUGCUCCACGAUGCGGUAAUGAAUCCAGCAGAAGUCGUGAAGCAGCGCAUGCAGAUGUACAACUCGCCACACCGGUCGGCCCUCAGCUGCGUCUGGACGGUGUGGAGGACCGAGGGCGUGGGGGCCUUCUACCGGAGCUACACCACUCAGCUGACCAUGAAUAUUCCCUUCCAGUCCAUCCACUUCAUCACCUACGAGUUCCUGCAGGAGCAGGUCAACCCUCACCGGGGCUACAACCCGCAGUCCCACAUCAUCUCAGGCGGGCUGGCCGGGGCCCUCGCCGCAGCCGCCACCACCCCCCUGGACGUCUGCAAGACCCUCCUCAACACGCAGGAGAACAUGGCCCUCAACCUGGCCAACAUCAGCGGCCGGCUGUCGGGCAUGGCCAACGCCUUCCGGAUGGUGUACCAGCUCAAUGGCCUGCCCGGCUACUUCAAGGGCAUGCAGGCCCGUGUCAUCUACCAGAUGCCCUCCACUGCCAUUUCCUGGUCCGUCUAUGAGUUCUUCAAGUACUUCCUCACCAAGCACAAGCUGGAGAAUCGAACUCCAUACUAAAGGAAUGGGCUGUGGGCAGUGGUUCCAGAAUCUUUUAUUUUUAAAAGGCUUUCCCUGCCUGCCUCUGUUCCCUUGUCCUCGCACCGAGCUGAUUUUGGCGGGGUGUUUGCAGGAUGGGCCCUCCGCUCCCCUGAUGCCUUAGAGGGAGGGGACAGCCGCUUACCGGAAGGCCGUCCGCAGGGACAUCCGAGGUGGUAGGUGGGGAAAGACUGGAAGGGAAGCGAGAAAUGGCUUUUUGUCUCCCUUCCUCUGGCAAGAAUGUAGCUUUUCUGCCUCACUGUAGCAGUCUCCUGCCCUAGGCUCGCAGUUCGCAGGAGAGGGGAGAAAAUGUGCAGUGACUGAAAACAUUAAAGAAAAAAAAGAGAGAGAGAGUUCUGUAUAUAAAAGUUCCAGCACACAGUAUAAAAUAGGUGGAUAAUGUUUAUCCUUUAUUUUUCUACGUAGACGUUUUUGGAUUUGUGUGUGUGCCUGUGCGUGUGUACAGAUAGGUGUUACAGCUGGGACUAUGAAGCUGUUUUUAAAAAAAAUAGAGGGCUGAAGGCUUCCAUCGGGUUAAGUUAAAAAGGCACCAAAGUGGUAAAUUGCUGAAUGCGGCCUAAAAUUGUGCGGAGCCCCCCAGAUGGAAGUUUCACUUGAAUGUAAAAUAAUAAAGUUUAUAUUUUGAA